UGCAGUGGGAGAAGGAGUUGCAAGGUCCUGAAGAUGCUUGUAGAAGUUGGAUUUUUCUGCACAGCCUGGGAUGCUUGAGAACUGCCACUGACGGACCAACAUAUACCUCUAAAACUUUCUGCAGAAUUUCCUACAUUUCCUUACCCUUUCACAAGGCAUAGGUGACCCACUCUGACUUUCUGGGGUGUGUGGUAGCUCCAGACCAUGCUCUCACUGUGGUUGUUCCUGCUCUCUUGCCUGAGCCUGGUGCCUCUGGCCCCAGCCGAGAAGGGCCUGGAGUUCCCACAGUAUGACGGGAAAGACCGCGUCCUAGAUAUCAAUGACAAGAACUACAAAAAAGCCUUGAAGAAGCACAGCAUGCUGUGCUUGUUCUACCAUGGACCCAUAACAGACAGCAAGGAGCUGCACAAACAACACCAGAUGACUGAAUUGGUGCUUGAGCUUGCUGCUCAGGUUUUGGAGGAGAAAGACGUUGGGUUUGGAAUGGUCGACUCCCACAAAGAUGCAAAGGUGGCAAAGAAACUGGACCUGGAGGAGGAAGGCAGCGUCUAUGUUUUUAAAGCUGAUCGAGUGAUCGAGUUUGAUGGCUUGCUCUCUGCUAACACUCUGGUCGAGUUCUUGUUGGAUCUCUUGGAGGAGCCCGUGGAGGUGAUAGGAAAUGCCCUGGAGCUGAGAGCCUUUGAUAGGAUGGAGGAAGACAUCCGCCUCAUUGGUUACUUCAAGAGCGAGGAAUCUGAUCACUAUGAAGCAUUUAAAGAAGCUGCAGAGCAGUUCCAGCCCUACAUAAAGUUCUUUGCCACAUUUGAAAAAUCUGUGGCCAAGGAGCUGACUCUGAAGUUGAACGAGGUGGAUUUCUAUGAACCCUUCAUGGAGGAGCCAGUCACCAUCCCAGGCAAGCCGCACUCUGAAGAGGAUCUAGUGGAAUUCAUAACUGAACACAGACGACCAACUUUGCGAAAGCUGCGUGCAGAAGAUAUGUUUGAGACCUGGGAGGAUGACAUUGAGGGCACCCACAUUGUUGCUUUUGCAGAGGAGGAGGACCCCGAUGGCUACGAGUUCUUGGAGAUCCUGAAGGAGGUGGCCAGAGACAACACCCAUCUACCUGACCUCAGCAUCAUCUGGAUUGACCCUGAUGACUUUCCCCUGCUGAUCCCCUACUGGGAGAAGACCUUCAAGGUGGACCUGUUCAGACCACAGAUUGGAGUUGUCAAUGUUACAGAUGCCGACAGUGUGUGGAUGGAGAUGGAUGAUGAGGAGGACCUGCCAACCGCCCAGGAGCUGGAGGACUGGAUUGAGGAUGUGCUCUCUGGCAAAGUCAACACUGAGGACGACGAUGACGACGAUGACGACGAUGAUGAUGAUGAGGAUAAUGAUGAGGAAGAGGAUGGCAACAAUGAUGAUGAUGAUGUCGGCAACGACGACGACGAUGACGACGACGACGACGACGACGACGACGACGACGAUGACGACGACGAGUAAUUCAUUGCCAGAGAAUAAUAAAUGUUGACUCCUCAGUUUUUAUUCUUAACAUGGAUUUUAGGCAAACUACAGUAAAAUAACUUUU